AUGUCGUCUUCAAUAGAUGCAAAAUUGACAACAGUCCCCGACAAUCAUGAAGCUUACAAGAAAAUCUACACAGAGCUCGAUAGCCAAAGUCAUGAGAUACGGUUGCUUAAUUUAAACCCUGCCACUGAAGAAAAUGACCGGAUUUGUUGCACUCUCUCCCAUGCCGAGUUGAAGCCCUCCAAUGGCUCAGCGCCUCCCGUCUACGAAGCUCUAUCCUACGUCUGGGGUAAACCCAACUUUUUGGAAUUGAUUCUUCUCGACGAUCACGAAUUCUUCAUCACACCAAGCCUGAAAUAUGCACUCUCCAGUCUGAGAUCCAAGACCCACGCCCGCGUCCUGUGGGUAGAUGCUAUCUGCAUCAACCAGUCGGACAUCCAAGAACGCAAUCAGCAAGUCGCCUUGAUGCGCGAUAUCUACUCAAAAUGUCAAAGAGACAUAGCUUGGUUAGAUCCAGUUGUUGGUGUAGCUGUUGAGUCGGAUGACAUCUACAAGGAUCCCAGACUUCCUAAAAUGGAAGAGAGUAUCAAGAAAGGAAUGGAAUUGAUGCAUACAAUCAUAGAAAAGAACCACAAUACUCUUGGGCAACUGCUCGACAACUACAACGACGACGAGUACGUCAUUGGUUAUGAUGAGGAGAUGUGUCUCCGUGCUCUGUUCGAUCUGCCUUUUCUGUGGAAGCGGCUUUGGAUUAUGCAAGAACUUUCUUUAGCCCCCAACUUGGUCCUGAUGUGCAAAGGUGCUGAACUUGGCUGGGACUCACUAUCGGCUCUUCUGAAGGAUGAGCCAUAUUUUGAUGCCUUUCACGUGUGGGAUUCCCACGCCAUCAACUUGCCUGACUGGAGCGACAUGUUUGUCAGGAUCAAACUCAUUGAGGAUCAACGUCAGCUUUUCACGAAGACCGGUCAAAUGAAUUCUAAAUUGAUGGAUGUUCUCGCCAGAUUUCGUGAGAUGGAAUCAUCUGAUCCCAGAGACAGAAUCUAUAGUCUUCUUGGCUUGGCGACUGACAAUCAUGGCAUCCACGCUGACUACACCAAAACGAUACAAGAGGUAUAUCAGAGAACCACAAUCUCUUUGAUCAAUGUCUCCGGGAAUCUGGACAUGUUGUGCCAAAACCCAUACGAGACCACUGGUAGACACAAAGCACUUCAACAAGUAGAAAAUGCCACUCCUUCUUGGGUUGCCGAUUUUAGCUCCAGCCAUAGAGAUUGCGCAGGAUUAAUAUUUGCUCAGCGUGAGAUCUUCAAUGCUGGAGUUAAGAACUGUGAAACGCCUUGUCAGUUUCUUGGGCCGGAAAAACAUAUCUUGAUCGUGCGAGGUAUCAUUCUGGGUACUAUUGCGCCAAUCCUCGAGGACGGAGGGCAAAACUUCAGUGCCCGCGAUAUCUUCAAAAAAUAUUUCAGCGAAGAAGCCAUUCUCGACGCCAAAAGUCACAUGUACGCCCCGAUAUUUGGUGGAAAGACCUUGUCAAGCGGCGAGGCAUGUGUACGCGCGUUCUGGCGAACGUUGGCAAAGGAUUGUACGGAACCACCGAGAAUGAGACGUCUACGAAGAAAUGAGAUAGUGUUUCUGGAUGAAAGCAACAGGGAAUCAUUAUUAGACGACGAGGCAAUCAACGUCAGAACGGUUUGGCUCGACCACGAUCCGCACAAGUCUCGAUCUAUCUUUUACCGAUACAUGCGUAAGAUGUUGAAUCACACAGGAAUAAAAAGCAACUUUGCGACCUUGCCAGUGGGCAAUCCAUAUGGCCAUUACGCGACGAAAGAUCAUAUGUUUGCGAUGACGGAGAAUGGAUUAUAUGUCCUGGCCAGACCACUAUUAUUAUUUGGUGCUUUUUAA